GAAAACUAAACUGUUACAUCUACAGUUAACAAACAGAAACCAGGAAGAGCAUGUAAUUUUUCUGGACUGAAACCAUACACCGAUUACACCUGUGAAGUCCAACCCAUCUACAACAACAAGAAUGUUGCCAAACCAAUGUUAGUUACAAAUAAAACUGAGCCUGGAGUACCAGACGAUAUUGUCAAGUUGUCGAUAAGUGUUCCAGAGCAUAAUGUGAUUAAAGUUACCUGUCCUCAUGUGAACAAUUUCCGUGGACCUGAGAAACUAUACAAUGCAACUCUUAGUUAUGAUGAUGUGAUUCAGAAGAUGGAGUCACAAGACCAAUGUAACUUUACAUUCAAAGAUCUAAGCUACUUAACGACCUACAAAGUGAAGGUGGUUGCUUUCAACGGAUACCUCUCCAGUAAAACCAAGACAGAACGUGUUCGCACUCUCUACAAUGACAAAGCUCUCAUUGGCUUUCUGGUCUUCCUCAUCAUCCUCACAUCUGUGGCUGUGCUUUGGGUCGUCUACAAAAUCUACAUGAUGAAGCGCAGAAAUUCCCAAAAGAAGAUGAACGCAGGCCUGACGGAGCUGCCUACCAAAUCAUCAUCUUACUGAGUUCUUCAGUAAGUUCAAUAGUUGGCAUUUUAACCUGUGAACAAUGGCACUCAGUGCACUUAGAAUUGAUAUUGACUUGCUUAACUCUGUUCUAUUUGCUUAAACUGAUUGUGUUUUUGUUAAAUUUGUCUUUGUUAAAUUAUACAGAUAUUUUUUUAUUGUUUUAAUGUGCAUUUUGCAACAACUGGAACAGUCCUAUUCUCAUUGACAUUUUAAUCCCAUCAAAUUUGGACAAGCUAAGACUAAUAAAAUCAUAUUACAUGAAGUAUUAUAUCCUGACCAUACAUAGGCAUCUGUGAUCAUCUCUUUGAUCAUUAAUGUCUUGUAACAGCUUCAAUGUGCUAUGCUAAAGUCAAAACUGGAUCAAGCAUUUGCUUUUUUGUUCUUAGUAAAAAAAGUGAAAGUAAGACCUGGUAGCUUACUGGUUAAGACACUUGCUAGAUAACCACAACAUCUGUGGUUUGAUUCUGGCAGCAGCUUGAUGCAUGUCACCUCCCCAUCUUUCUCCCCCUCGUUUCCUGUCUGCUCUAAACUGUUGCUAUAAUAAAGGCUUAAAAAUGCCCUCUAAAAUAUUUUUAAAAAAGAAAUGUGACAGAAAAAUGGAAGUUAUAUAGGGAUACUUACCAGUAAGCUGCUACAAUUUGCCAGUUUUCCAUUAAGUGCCAAAGUGAAACAUCCCACCUUUGCUGAAAUGCAAGUAGUGUUAAACUUGUUUAACACUGGUAUUUACAACUUUGCAAAGAGGCACAGCCUGGCUUUCGAAAGUGGCUUGUUCUUUACAAAAGACACAACUGGUCUGAAGCUGCAGGUCUGAAACUGCUGCGGUGUCUCUUGUGUGUUUCUUGUGCCUCACACAAAUGUUACCACAUGUGUGUUCUUUUGUAUUAUUGUA